AAGCCAAACGAAGCACACGAAUCAGUUUGUCUUAUUCGCUGAAAGCGGUUGGUACUUGUUUACGGAAAAUGCGGCAUCCGCAAGUAAUAACUGAGUGACCGUCUCAAACACAAACGCAAGGAUAUAGUGCCUUAAUAACUGUAAAGCAUACUUGCAAUUUAGCAAACGAACUUGUUGAUUAAUUGUUGAUGACAGUGUUGAUAAAAAGUGAGUUUUUAGUGCAUUUUUUCCAUAAAAUCGAAAAUUUAAAAAUCUAAUUAUUUCGCAUAAAAUUUUUUGGUUUGUGAGAAAUAACGAAAAUUGAGCUCCAACGAAUCGUAAAGGUUAUCAAUUUUUUUCGAGAACCUUUUUACGCACACUAAUUAGAAGCUGAGCUAAGGUAAACCCUACAACAAAAAUAACAAAGUUGAAAGUGACUUACGAAUUUGCUCGCAGUGCCGAAGAACUGAAGAUACUCGCUGUGUGCUGUUUAUACAAAGAAAUUCGCUUUCCUUGUUAUCCUUGCUGCGAUAACUCAGCUCACGCCAGACAGCAUAUAAAUAAAAAAAUAAUAACAACAAUAACAAAAAUUUUGCAUAAAUUCUAGAAAAAUAAAAUAAAAUAAAUAAAGAUAAACUUGAAGCGAAAGACAAAUUCCAAAGUGCUUUCCGCAGAAAACAACAACAACAAUUGCAAUAAAAAUCAUCAGCAAAUAACUUGGCUAAGUGCACGAGCAUUUUGUGCGUCCAACGCAGCAAGCAACAGAUUUCACUUCAUGCUGCGACAUUUGAUCGUCGUAAGCUGUCUUAAAGUUUGAUCCUUACACGUAUAAAUAUAUGGUGACCAAUAUAUAAAAAGAUUUGCCAUUAUUUUCUAUGUUCUAUGUGGACCCAGCAGAGAGCUACUAACUUUCGGUAAACAAUAUUUAUAAAUAUUUAAUAAGGCAAUUGAAGGCACCGAAGGCAUUAACAUAAAAACAUACAAAGGCAACACAAAAAGGAAGAAGAUUGUCGAAAAAUAAAACAAAAUCGCCAAAUCAAAGCGGGCGUAAGUUCCUGCCUAACGCAGCAGUAAUUGAAAAGCGCACAACAAUAACAAAAAAAGGUUUGCACAAAGGGAGAAAGCAUCACACUUUCAGUGUAACGGAAUUCUUAUUUUUCCGUUUUUUUGGUGCGAGUGUGUGCGAAGUCGAAGGUUUCGUAAGCGCGAGGUCGAAUUAUCACGACCGCAGCGACAAUGCGUCCGUACGUGUUGUGGCUGCUGACAGCUGUCGGCCUGCUGGCGUUGACCACUCAAGCGGCGCACGUACGACAGGCGAGCAGCAGCAGCAGCAGCAGCAGCAUUGGCAGCUUGGCCAGCAGCUAUGCAAAUGAUCCACGACCCGAUGCUGUGAACGAGGAAGAGAGUGAUACGUUGGGCACUGGUGGUGCCUACGAAUUUCGUCUACCACAACCGCAGCUAAACAAACAACAACGUCCGCAACAGCACAAAACAAAACGGCCCAACACCACCGCCACUUAUGUAACCACAACGAAAACGAGCAGCACCAGCAGUUCCAGCAGCAGUAGCAGUAGCAGUGCUGGUGGCGUAACAAAAUCGUCGACAAAGCGCCCGGCGAGUUCCACCACCAACGCAAGUGGUAACAAAGCGACCAGUGCCACUUCCUCCGUCACCACGGCAGCAACACAGCACAGUCCCAAGCCCGGAUUUGCUUAUAAUGUUUCGGUAACACCCCAGCAAGGUACCUAUCAAGCAGCUACUCCAGGUGUGGCUAAUGACGAGCCGACGGUGACCCAAAGCACUGAGAAUGACGAUGAAUCAUCAAAGAAAGUUAUCGGUUCCAGUGUCGUCACAUCCGUUUCGGUCAUACUCAAUGGCAAUGAACCUGAGUUCACUGACGCCUUGGGCCACAAGGUGCCCAAACCACAACCCUCACUGCAAGUGGCCAGUCCCAUUGAUCUGUUGAACCCCGAUCGCUACGAGUUCUACACGUUCGAUGAGAAUGGCGAAUUGGUGAAGCGUCUCAUGACCAUGGAGGAAAUACAGAGUAUUGUGGCGAAUGGCGAUGGCGAAAAUUCAUCCAUUGUACAACAUGUGCCCGUAGACGACCGUGAGCCGGAGAAGAAUGUGCAGGAUAUUGUCGAUAGUGUGCAAAGUGUGCUAAACAAGGAGGUGGAAUCGAAUAAGAACAUUUCGAAGGAUGCUCUACCCGUGUUGGAUACGCCUGAUGUAACCUCAUCUUGGUCAAUGAUUUUGCCAGCAAUUUUCGGUAAUGGCGGCGGUGAUAUUUUCCCACAGCAGAAACCACAACAGAUUGUCAUGACACCAGACUCUGAGUUGCUUGAGGUCUCAACAAUUGCAGCACCGGUUACACAUGUCACAAAGCGUCCAAAACCCAACAAGCGCAAGCCGGGCCAAAAACGUAAGACAACUACAACUGCACCCACUACAACAUCCACCGCCAUAACACCACAAGUGGUGCAAGAAGAGCUAGGUCCAAAUGAGUCUGUAUACACCGGCAUGCAACAGUAUCAAAAUGUUGCGGCGAAUAUGCAACACUUUGAUGGCUUCUCACAGCUGCAGAUGCAACCGAUUUAUCAUAAACUGCCCGAAUAUACAGACCCGGAAACGACAACUCGACGCGUCUUUGUUAAUAACCAAGAAAUCAUACAAAGUGCAACGACAGCGCGUCCAAUAGUAGCCGCAGACACGGUGGAAUUGAAUGAGGGUUAUGGCAAGAGACCUCCAGUUGUUGUGCACCAUAAGCGUCCAGCGGCGCCUCAUCGUCACAAGACACCGAAUGGUGGGGAGAAUGGAGGUACGACUAAAAAGCCACAAGGCGGCCACAACAAGCAGAAGAUAAAGAAGAAGCCAACUACUACGACUACAACAACAACAACACCUGAACCGACUACUACCUCAACAACGACGACAACAACCACACCGGAGCCAACCACCACUACAACAACCACAACUACGACAACAACAACACCGGCACCCACAACAACAACCACCACUACAGAGGCACCAACAACCACUACACCAGAGCCGAUUACGAGCACCACCACUCCGCGACCGAACUCCACUACACCCAAAAAGAAGAAGAAGAAGCCUACACGUCAGCCUGGUCAAGGCAAUGGUAAACCGCAUCAAGCUGCAGAUAAGCGUAAACCAGCUACUAACAAGCCGCGUCCAACCGGCGCGACUCAACAGACUAUCCAUAAGCAUCCGCAAACUGGCGAGGGUGCACCUCAGCACACAGGCAAUAAGCAUCCAGUAGCCGCUGAUGUGCCCGUGCCCACACCAACAACUGUUGAGCCAGUGGUCAAUAAGCACAAUGCCACUGUGAGCCACAAACCAAACAAAACUCGACCACGUCCGCAUAAGAAGCCAACUCCAAGCACCACUUCAACUACCACCACAAAACCGGAACCAACAACAACCACGACACCAGAGCCCACGACCACAACUACAACGCCUGAACCAACAACUACGACAACAACAACGACUACGACUACAACUACCACCACAACGCCAGCGCCAACCACCACAACAACAACUACCACGACACCAGAGCCCACAACUACUACCACCACCACCACAACAGAGAAUACACUAAUCGUGGAGCAUUUCCCGGGUUAUCAUCCAAUACAUGUCAAACCUUCGCAUGCAAACAAGCGCCCUGGCGUCUCAAGCUAUCCACUGCCACACUACAAACCCGCACAUCCUGGGCACCAUGAUGCUGUUGAAACUGACAAAACUGAUGAAUCUGACUACGGCCAAUUCAAGCGCAAACCUCUGCCAUCACUUGCACAAAUUCAACAACAACACAAUAAGCCGUCGGAGAAGCCCAUAUCGAUGGAUGAGCAGCACACCAUGACCGCCUUCGAUCAAAUAAUGGAGUCGCUCAAACAGGAACUAGCAAGCGAGAAUUUGGAAACUGAUGUCAACGAGUCCAGUGCAUCAGAGAAGCGUCCUAUCUUGGAUAAACCUGCGGUAGUAGAGCUGCACCAAGAACCACUAAAUGUAGAGUCUACAUCCUUCGAUAGUUCAGCAGCCAUCAUUACUGGUGCUACCGAUAGCAUUGAGGGCGCCAUACUUAAGGAGGAACAAGUCAAUGCAGUGGAUACAGUAAGCGUGGAACAAGAGGAAAUGACGCUAGUUGAGGAUAUCACCGAACAGCCACAAUUAAUUACAACGAUACGUCCACCAACAUUAUCCGCGACAUCCGAAGAGACAACCAAGAGGACAACUGCUGCACCAGUAUUAGAGAAUAACACUGAGGAGUUUAUGGAACAAGAGUUAACAGAUACCACAGAUGUGUCUGAAUAUUCAGGUGAAGAAAAGGAGAAGGACGAAAAUGAAGCCGCGGAAACGACGAUACUUGAAGACAAGUCAACUGAUAAGAACGAAGAUGAUUCAGCGCAUGUUGUUAAAUUUGAAACGCUUUACGCUGAUGUACAAGAACCCAUCAUAAAUGAGGUUCAAACAACAGCACAACCCUACUACGAAACCACACUCAGCACGAUUGACCACAAUAACGAUGACACAACUGAAGUAGAAGUGAUCGACGAAGUGAAUGUACAAACCGCAGACGUUAGUAAUGCCGAUAGCAGCACCGAGUAUCAAAUACCUAUGAUGCAGCUGCCGGUGACACACAAAGUGGAUACAAUAAUUGCAGAAAACCACUCAACCACGGAACCAGCACCACAGGUAGCCGAUCUUAAACCACUCUUAAAUAUGGAUAUAUUAAAACCAACUGAUCAAAUAAAAAUGUCUGAAUUCCAAACGCAGGCGGCUACCGUAGCUUCAACUCUAGUCGAUGGCGCCAACACCAUUGCUGCUAAUCAACUCAUGAGCUCCAACGAGACGCGCACCGAAAUAGAAUUCCUCUUAUCCGAUGUAAUACAACAAAUGACCGGAGUGGAACCUGAUCCAUAUCGUCCCGACCCCGUGGAAGAUGGUAAUCGUUUGACAAACUUUGCACAAUUGAACACAUCUUUCUUACUGAAACCAGAUCAGGCAACUGCCGACCAAUACGAUGUUGGCGACAAUGUGCCAGCAUAUGACAGUAUGUCCGUAUCGAUCAGCACGACGAUAGCGCCACCUGCUAAAGAGUCGGUUGAUAUAGCUAAUGUGGAAACGCCAGAAUCGGAAACGCCAGCGCCGGUUAAUGAAACCGAAUAUGAGUUGACCACAGAGGUCGAAACAGCUCCGGUGGUUUCCACAUACGCCUCCAAGGAAGAGGUUGCCUUGAAUGAGGAGAAACCCGCUAUACCUGCAAAUAGCGUUGAGAAAAUAGAAAAGGAGCCCGAAAAGGAACACAAAGCCGAGCUAUCACUGGAGAAUGUACAAGAACCCGAGGCUGAUAUGGAUGUGGUUACUACAGAAAGAAUUGUUCUUGUAGAUGAAGCAGAAAUACAAACUAAUAGUUAUGAAAAGGAAGCCACAGAAGAGAGCAUAGUUCAAGAAUUGAAUAAUAUUGAAAGCACAGAACAAAAGCCGACUGAGCAGCUUGGUAGCAUAGAAAAAGUAGACAAAAUCGAAGUCACUAAAGUUGAAGAAACUCAGUCAGUCGAAAGCACCACCUUGAAAACACAAGUUCCAUCUCUUUCUGAGAUUUAUGCCACACAACAACAACUGGAAGAUAAUGCUGAGGGUCUCUAUGAAAAAGAAAAGGACAGCGAGACAACUAUGCAAUCUGCGGAUUCAGAAAACUCUGAAGAACCACUUCAUGAAGCUGAGACAAUUGUAUUGGCGGAACAGUUAAGCGCUGAAGGCAGUAAUGAAGAAAAGAAGGAGGAAAUGACAAGCGCCGAAGUUAUUAUAACCGAAAUCGAAAAUGUGAAUGACGCAGAUAUAUAUAAACUCAGCGAGGUACAUGAGGAUUCCAACGAAUCCACACAACCAGAAUUUGAACAAACGGAAGUGGUCACAACAACAGAGCAAUAUGUCGCCCAUACUGAGAAGAUCUUACUGGAUGAAAAAACGCAAUCGACAUCUACUGAAGUAGACAAACUAUUUGAAGAACAGAGCACUCAACAGAUGACUGACGAUUCGUCUAGUAAACUGGAAGAAGAAUCUCAAUUGCAAAUUCAGGACUCGCAGACGACAGAGGUGUCUAAUGAGGCUACCGAAGCGCAGACUGAAGCCGUAGAACAAAUGGAACUGCAAAAGGAAGACAUGCAAGAGGAUAAUAGUGAAUCCCAUAUAAGCAGCACAGUAGAAACUACGGAUAUCUCUAAUACAACAGAAUUGAGUGCGAAUGAGAACAGCGAAAAAGACAGUGACGAAAAGGAGGUAACUGAAAACGGCUCCAUUGAAAAGGUUACAGACAACAUAGAAAUCUCCGAAGAAAAAGAAACCAGUGAGAAAGAGUCGUUAGAAAAAGAGGUCAGCAACGAUGCUACUACAAUCACACCAAUUCUCAGCGAUAAUGACACAACUGCCGAUGAAACACAAGAUGUUACAGCUGAAAACGUUUCUACGGAGACACUCGAUAUCUCAAUAGAGAAGGAAUCUAGUAAUGCUGAAGAUGAUAAUGAUACAAAUGCAGCCAAUUUACAAAUACAAUAUACAAAUGCACCAACAACAACAGUAAAAUAUGAAUCUAGUGAAUUAGAAGAACCAAGCAACAGCAAAGAAGAAAGCGAAAACGAGGCGACAACGGUGCCACCAGCAGAAGAAAAUGUCACAACUGUUAGGACGGAUAUGGAGGAAGAAAACACAGGCAAUGAACCCGAAGCAGCUACGGAUGUAACAGUUACAAUUUCAGAUGAAAUGGAUAGCACUGAAUCGGAUGAGGAUCCCUACAUUAAACUUGGCGAAUCUACCACCAAAUAUAGUGAAGAAGCAAACAAUGUUAAUACAUCUGGCGACAGCAUUAUCAUCGAGCAGGAAACCACAAGUGACGAGAGUGUUGAUAUUGAGCUGACUUCACCAACGCUACCACAGCCAAUACAACAAGAUGUUGUCGAAACGACGAAGCCAGAAGAUGAGGACUCGACUGAGGAGUCGGAGGAAGAAACACAAUCACAAUCAACUGAGGCAGAAUCUUCCCAAGUCGCUGAUGUUGAAGAGGCUUUGGCACCCGUUAAGUCAGCCGAUGUGGAACUCACCGUCUCCACCGAGCAAAUUACAUUGCAAACUACAGCUAAGCCGAUUCACUCAUUUAUAGCGCAGCAACGUCCUCAAAUGCCACAGCUCAACUACGACCGUCCUGAUCCACAAAACACCGCUGACACCGGUGACCUCACAGCUUACAUUAUACCGAAAUUCCCUACCAGCCCUGCACUUGCUGCUAUCUCAACAACAACAACGGAAAAGGCGUCACCAUCUACAACAAUCAGCAGCACAAGUACAACAACUUCCACUACUACAACAAAGGCUACGACGACUACGCCAAAACCUACAGCCACUGCAACGAAACGUAUACAUACACUCAAGCCAGUAUCGUACUACAACAAGCAGACCGGCAUAAAUGCGCCAAAACCUGCCGAACCCACGAAGAUCAUACCAUAUUCAGCCAACACCGCACAACAGCGUCCAAUGCAACGGCCAGCGCAACUGAACAAUUUAAUGGCUACUUCUACGCAAGCAACUCGGCCACCUGUAAAAAUGGAGCCAAGCCCAACGAACACUAAAGGACUCGAAGCAUCCGUAACUAAUUUAGAUGAAGAUCUGCAAUCUUUCGUUAAACUCUGCAAUGAAUUGGCGUUCAGCUAUUGGAAAUCUAUCACCUCGGAAAAGAUCAGCUCAGCACGCAGUUUGGUGAUGUCGCCAUUUGCGCUCACAUCAAUGCUCUCAAUGGUUUUCCUCGGCGCACGUGGCAGCACAUCAGGCGAAAUGAACGAAGUCCUGAAAUUGGACGACAUGGUCACCUUCAAUCCACAUUUAGUCUUCCGAAAUAUCACCGACUCUGUGGAGCGCGCCACCGAUAGUGACAUUGCGACAACCGCCUUCGUACGUGAGAUCUUCAGCGAUCGUGCAAAUGGAAAAAUAUUGCAAUUCUUCAAGGAGAAGACACAACAAUUCUAUUCGGGACAUGUGGAGGAAGUGAACUUCCAUGUGGUGAAUGACGUGAUACGCCGUCGUACGAAUCUGUUGGUGAAACGUCACACCAUGGGCAAAGUGCUGGAAUAUUUGCGCACAAACAGUCUGUGGGUUAAUGGACCGCUGGCCACAAUUUCGGCCAAUCUCUUCCAAACGGAUUGCAGACAUGGCUCAACACAGUUGACUGACGGUGAGAUGUUCUUCCAGGUACACCCCUCCGUGCGACAACGACGCCUGAUACCCAUACCAGCGGUGCUAUACAAGAGCGGUUUCACCGCUGGCUACGAACCCAAAUUGGACGCAACAAUUGUUGCAUUCGGCAGCAUACAAGACACCGUCAGCACCGUUUACGUUAUGCCCGGUCAUCAGAGUACACUCUCGCCAGCUGAAAGUUUGGAACGACUUGAGCGUGAGCUGGUUGAGCAAUCUUUCAGCAAGAACGCUUGGAGUAAUGUACUCACCUCGCUGAUGGAUCGCCCCGGCAUGGAAGUGCAACUACCACGUUUCUCACACAGAUCUUUCGUUAAUGCCUCUUUAGGUUUGCAGAAGAUGGGUCUGAAGGGUUUGUUCAAGUCUGAUUUUGCCGAUCUGCGCGGUCUCACAGGUUCGGCCAAUCGCGACAUCUACUUAUCCGACGUCAUACAAAUCAACACGUUCAGCACUUGUGGUGAGGAGAAGAUUGCCGAUCACCAUCACGUGGAAAUGUAUCCAGCGCCGCCAUUACGUAAACGAAACAAGGAUUUGGGUGCGAACGAUGAUGGUGCCUAUGAUUCGUCUGAGGCGGUUAUUGAUUUCGGCUCGCUGGUGCAUGAGUCAGCGCUCGGCCGUGGCUUCUACGACGAUCUACUCGACCCGAAAUAUCUGGAGCUACCGCUAUCACUGCGUCCACGUCAGGCUCGCGUACCGGAUGCGCCACGUCUACGCUUCGACAAACCAUUCCUCUACUUCGUACGUCACAACCCCACUGGUAUCAUACUCUUCAUGGGUCGCUUCAAUCCACGACUGCUGCCAUGAAGCGUCCCUAGCGCUAGCGGCAAAAUGUCGCGCUUUGUGCGCACGCGCGAUUCUCGUGACCCAGAAGACUAAAAGUAACGUUAAACGAAAAUAAAGUAAUCAGAAAAUGUUAGGCAAUUUAUCCAAUAAUAUUAGAGUAAACAACCAUUCAUUAGAUAUUUCAUUAUGAUUUGUUUGAAAAUCCGAACUAGCAUUUUUGUGUGCGAACAUUUUCGUAGAUCGCGCACAUUUUAGAGAAAUUUGUUUAAAAUUUUCAUUUUGUUAUUUUAUUUAUUAUUCGUUUUUGUUUUUUUUUUUCUGACCACUUAGCAUUUACAAUAAAAUAAAUUAUAUUAAAUCGUCGAAGGAUAGCACAAUUGUUUUUGUUGUGCCUUAAUCUCGUAUCACACGCACCACCGCUGGCGCUUCAACAGCUGCAGGCGACAAACGGAUUCGAGAUUGAUGCGCGACAUGCAAUUCGAUGGAGAAAAAACGUAUUUGUACGCUAGUUUUAUAAGUUAAAGUACUUUUUCUAUGCAAAUUAUUGUUAAUUUAAUUUUUAUUUUAAUAUUUUACUAUUAUCGAUAACACGAAACACACGCUAAACUAUUAUCGUUUAAGUUAUUGUCAUGCAAUCGCAGAGAAAAAAGCGAUGGCAUGGCUGAAUUAUGCUUACAAAUAUUUCAAUAUUUAUAGAGUGUUGGAGGUGAGAAAUUAUGGUUUAUGUUUUGCUUAUAAACUUAGUAAAAGCUAUAGCAGAUAUAUAUGUAAUAGUAUACGAAAAUGUUUUAUCCAUAAGUAAUCAUGUAUUUAUACAAGUAAAUAAAUGUAUGUCAUAACAAGGAGUUUCAAAUAAAACACAAAUAUUAUAUAAAUAAA